CGUCCCAUCGCCCGCCACUCCUCGCCACUGCCCCGCUCCAGCGCGUAGACCACCUUCAAGCCGGCCUCCACAUCACCGCCACUGUCGAAGGCCAACACGUCCGCCAGGCCGAGAUGACUGAGGGCCUUGCCAAUGUGCUGCUCGACGAGCAUCAGGAUCUCGGCCACUUCGCCGGCAUUGCUGCCAUUGAUUUGUGAGUGGAGUGCGGCGCGUCUGUUGGGGUCAACGGACAUGGCCAUGUCGGCGGCCUUGCUGAUGGCCGCGCUGCGCAGCGGGGGGACUGCCCGAGGGGCGGUGGGGGGCCGGCCGUUGGCAGGCCGGGACGACAUCGCCACCAGGGAGUGGUCUGGAUGAAGAGGGACACACACAUGGGAAUCAGACCGAGUGAAUUGGACGGCAGGAUGCUCACCGUCAAAGCUGGGCGAGAUGGCAGCAAUCGUCACGAACCGCGGUGACUCUGCAGACACACAGCAGCACACACAUCUGGGGCGCACGCACGCAGCGCCAUGAUCACCGCACAGCCUCACCGAUGUCAGUCAGUCACGAGAGCCGUGCGACGGCGAGGCCGUCACAGAAGCGCAGACAAAGCGAUGAAAUGAGUUCGCUAUGCGGACGUCGUCACCUCCCGGCACUGAGGCGGGACGGGUGAGGUCUGCAGGCCGGCCACCAGACACGAAGCAGCAGCCGCUAUCUGAAGCUUCUUUUGGAUUCUUCUGCCUCUCUGGCUGCCAUCUCACCCUCCAGUGAGCUCCAAAGGCCAGCAGCGGUUUCAGGGAGCUCCAAAGGCCACCGCUGCGAGCUUCGCACGGAUCUCUCCUUCCUUUUUCUUUUCGCGCGUCUCCGGUGCCAACAGGGCGGUGGUGGGUCUGUGUGACAUACACAAAGUCGCGCUGUGAUGAUAUCAAUCGGCACAGAGGUCGCCCUCAU